CCGUAUCUUAACGUGUGAACCUGGAUUUAAAGACCUGCUGGUGUGUGUGUGUUGACUAGAUUGCACAUUUUCGGUGUAGGUCGAGAGUUCGGUGGACUUCGGUGUUAGGUUGUAGUAGCAGCAGGUGCAACGUUGAGUUGUUGACAAAGUUUUUCAUUUAUGAUUUUAGCAGUGUGCGGUUGGUCGGGGGAGAUUCUUCUUCUACAGAGUUAGCUUCGGAUUUCUGCGAAGGUAUGCCAAGCUGGUCGGUGGUAGAAUCCAGGAGCUGUGUUCGAAAUCAGCUGUGGCAAGUAAAGUUGCGAGGUCGUGGAAUUCACAAUGACUGGGAGGAGGAUGAGGAGUAAUUUUUGUAAACAGAAGCGCAGAAUCAAGAGCACGACACCUGCGAAGGGAGUGUGUGGAAUCUGCGGUGGACCUGUGUCAGAUGUGAAGGUGAAAAACACAGCAAUGCUAUGUUUCAUUCCGCUCUGGUGGAAAACCCACCACGAAAUUCUCUGUAAAAACUGUGAGUGGAGUGACUGACUCAAAGUUUACACCACUAAGCUCACGGGAUGCGGAUUCGUGAGAGCUCCUAUGUGCUGGACGCUGUAGUAUUUGGCAUAUUUGGUUAAGAAAUGACUGGCAAUCGACGAGUAUAGCAGAGGAAGAAUAUUUGCAGUAUCUCAGAUCACCGUCUCCCACAUUCGGAAGACAGUCGUUCAUCUAGAUCGGGCCUAAAUGACAUCAGCUGAUACUUACUUCGACACGCUUACGUGCCAGUACAGACCCUAGGUUUUCUCAUGGGCACAAAUUUCACUUAAUCGACUAGAUUAGGGACCACUCAGCUCUGUUAGUGUACAUACCAGGGGUAGCAUGGCUUCCUGUUCGAGCAGAGACUGGUUCAAGCGAUGUGGGGCGGGCCUUACGCAGGUCAGAAAUGGCCCUGGAUGCAGAGAAUCAUAUGAAGGUAUGAGUUAUGCGAAGGAGCCUAGCAAAAUUGAAGCUUACUAGGAAGAGUACUGUUUAAUAGAAGCAUGAUGCUCUUACAGAAACAGAUUUUACUGAAGAUGAUUUUUUCUUCACCGUGCCGAUUGAAUAACUUGGCUCGGACAUAGAAGACUUUUCACUCGUGCGCAGCGCAUGAAUGUCAAU